CAAAUUAUGCAUAAUGUUCACUACAUGAUGGUACACUACAUAAAACCCAUUUUUUUUUUUUGGAUUUAGCCACAGCACGUAAACCUUUAUUUCUGCUUUUAUGAAAAGUUGGAGCGAUUUGCCAGCCGAGAUCCUGUUGCUCAUUUUGGCAUGGUUAACCCAUGAACCCUCAGGCACGCUUCAAUACCAACUUGUUUGCAAGAAUUGGCAAAAGCCUGCGCAGAUCGUUCAAUUCUCUACCGUUUAUUUGGAGGGACCAACUCAACUUAACAAAAUGGUGAAUGGAGCGAAUGAACACCCUCACUCUCCUGCAUUGAUAACUAAAGUCAUAGAAUGUCGACAGUUUGAAGAACUUUUUAAGUCGCAAAAGUUUCUUUUAGAAAGGAUGGCGAGUGUCUUCCCGUUUGUCGACACUUUAAGGUUCCACUGUAAAACAGAUGAAUUCUAUCGACUCUUGUUGGAAAUACAAAAAGAAUCAAAGUGGGUUUCACUCAAGCAUAUAUCGCCACCUUUAUUUUCUCAAUACAUGAAUGCAUAUUACAAAUGUAUCGAAAAUUGUAGGGAUUCGAUUGAGAAGGUCAUAUUAUGGAGAGCCUCGUACAGUCAAGGUGUCGUCACCAGAAGAGGCGUGCAACUUCGUAACUUUGCUGAAAAACUUGAUACAUUUUCCAACUUAAAGGAGCUAACUUAUCGAACACACAUAUCAGAUAACCCUCUCAAUUUUAUUGACAGCGUACUUUCCAAAUGCAAAGUCUUAAAAACGCUUACAAUACAAUCAGACGCAAAAAUUGAUAGUGUUCUAUUCAAAUACAGUCAAGUAGAAGAUGAUAUUUCGUCAUUUGAACCAAAACCCGAUAUUCAAAAGUUAACCUGGCAGCUUUCCAUCCAAACAGAUCUCACUUUACACUAUAUUAUGCGUAAAUUUCCCCGCUUGAAGUCCUUCUACUGCACUACAGAUGUGAAGUGUUACUUACCUUAUGCUGAAAACUAUUACUACGUGGCACAAGAAACUUUGGUCGAGUUUCUAGUUUUCUGUUUCAAAAUAGAAGAUUGUAUCCUGUAUUUGGCUAUUGGGGAGGCAAUGCUUAUAGAGACAGUCAUGAAAUGUUCAAAACUAAUGGAUGCAAACAUGCUUCAGAAUUUAACGAUAACAUUCUUUAAUUGCUUCGAAUAUGCGUAUGGUUGCCCUCAGUAUCUCUCCGGAGAAGGAAUAGAAUAUAUUGCACCAUUGACCAACAAAAGAUUACUUCGAGAUGUCUAUCACGCUCCGCCCGCAAUGAGAAGGCUUUCUGAAGAACACGUCCAUAUUGGAGGAUUCAAAGUCUCUUGCCAUAAUCUCAGCCCUCGUACAUAUCUCUUGGAUCUGAUCAAACCCUUUGGAAGCUCUUUAAAAAAACUCUUGCUUGUCUUGGAUGGCGGUCCUUGUGAUGGUAAUCUGAUAGGGAAACGAUACUCGAAGGAGGAGUUCUAUCUAGAUUUAGUGUUGGAGUAUUGCCCCAAUCUAACUCAACUGUUCCUUAUUACUGGCGGUUUUAUUGGUAUAAAUCCCCUUUCACCUCCAAAUCUGACAAUAACGGAUGUAGAUCUUUCCUUUCUUGCAAUGUCGAAUAAUGAUUAUGUCACCUUAUCACUGAAAUUUCCUUCUUUGAAAACUUUAAAUGUCAAAAGUCCAACCUUCUGCUGGUUAAGUGAAUAUCACCAUAUUAGUAUGCCAGACUCGUCAUUAGACAGCUUAACAUACACCGAUCACAUGUAUAGCACGAAUCGUAAACCUGCAAAUGAUACUUAUGGGCAACCCUAUGAAAUAAUGACAUGUUUGAUCAAGAUUACAACAGAAAAGAAGGGCAAAUUUUAUUAUAUAAUCAAUGGGGUCUUUGAAUAUUCAGUAACCAAUGUCACGAAACUGACUGAAAGCGGAUAUAAACAAUCUAAGCGUGGUGUAGUAAAUAGGUUUCUUUUUAGCUGUAAAUCCCUCCGUAUUCUACAUUUAUGUUUUUCAAACAAUAGUUAUAAUAACCCACUACAAUUUCAUAUUGACCUGGAAAAUCAACAAUGACCAUAAAGUAACAAGGGAUAAAUUGCAUUUAUGAAUCUCAACACGUAUUGCUUAACAUAAAAAAAAAAAAAAAUAAAAAAAAAAGGAAUAAUUAUACUAGC